AUGGAGAGCAUGUCUUUCACCCAGCUGCUACUGAGCACUCUCUUCCUUCUCUGUCCAUCGGGUGCCGAGGAGGAGAGUGAGGCUUUCGCCUGCCCAGAACACCAGCAGGGCUUUGAUAGCUCCUGUUAUGAGUUUGGGGGUCUCCGGCGUUCUUUCUUCAGUGCUCAGGGUUGGUGCGAGCGAGGUGGAGGACACUUGGCAUUCAUCCAGAAUGAGGAAACCCAGCAGUUCCUUCAGAAGCACCUGGAGUCUGAAACGGACUGGUGGCUGGGGCUCGCCCCGGCCUCCGCAAACCUCACUCUGGAUUCUUCUGCUGCUGAAGGGCCCCUGUCGUGGCUGGAUGGCUCAGAUGUCAGCUACUCUAACUGGGUGAGCAGUCCAGCUCCAGGGGCUGGCUGUGCCCACAUCCUCAGAAACUCAGGCUUCCAGUGGGAGGCCACAGCCAACUGCAGCCAGGAGUUCACCUUUGUCUGCGAGUUUGAGUCCGGUCGCACUAUUGCAUGUGCACACCACAACGCCACACUGCAAUGCGGUUCUGGUCAAGUGAUAGAGGUUGAUGACAGCUUCUAUGGUCGUAAAACAGCUCAUUACUGCCGUUUGAGCCCAAAUCCUUCACCCACAUCGACACAGGAAGAGUGCAGCUGGAUGGAUGUUGUAGAUUCAGUAACAGGAGAUUGUCAUGGGCUGCAGGUGUGCCAGGCUACUGUAGAUGUGACCUCUUUUGGUGAACCCUGUCCUGGACUUGGAAGCUACCUGUCUGUGGAGUACCACUGCAAAGAGGGUCUGAACCUGUUAAUGAGCAAUUUGGCAGCAGUCUAUGACGACGUGACCUUUACAGUGAAGUGGCUCCUACAUCCAUUCCAGGGCAACCUCAGCUGCUCCCUGAGGGCUGGAGAUGGACACAACGUUCACCCCUACAGUCCGAAGGAGUUAGAGAGCAGUGUGGUUCAUAAAUACAGCCAUCCAGGAGUCUAUUUGGUUUUGGUGGAUUGUAGUACCAGUGAAUGGCAUGUUAAGGUUCAGAAAACCAUCACCAUUCAGGAGCCUGUCGGAGAGUUUGGUGUCAUCAAAUGCUAUAGCCCAAACCACUCAACAGAUGGCGCCAACUGCAAAGGUCUCUAUGGGAGCCUAUUGCUAAUCCAGGUAGAAGUGGAAGCUGGUACAAAUGUGACCUAUAGAAUCCAGAGUGGGGACAUGUUGGUGUCUCACUCAUCUGUGGUCAGAGGAAUCAUUCCCCACAACAUUACAGUGGGUCCAGAGGUUCAGGAGCAGCUUGGGUCUGGCUGCCACCAGCUAAGCCUGAAGGCGUCUAACGGGGUCACGACCCCUGGAGUGUCCACAGAGCUGCAGGUGUGCCUGCUGGAGCCAGUGGAAGGCUUGCAGGCCUCCUUGCUGCUAGAGGAGGGCCAGUGUCCAGACUCCCACCUCCCCAUCAGUGUCUCUCUGGAGCAUGGAGCUCCAGCACAGCUCCUGUUCUCUGUGACUGGAGACAACAAGACUUUCUCUGAGACCAGACACAUGCACAACAGCAGUCUGCAAGUUUACAACAUCACACCAACAGUACAAGGUAGUUUGGAGAUAACAGUCAAAGCCUGGAAUGUCUUCUCAGACAUGGAGGUGGAGGUGAAUUUGUGGAACGUCACAGUUGCCUGCAGCAACUUUUUAGACCUUUUACAUGACCAUGGAAACACGCCUGCCACCACCCAGUCUACCACCACUCCCACGCCCCCUUCAUGUACCAUCUCCCCACAAAACGGCACUGUCCUAGAUCCAUUCAACAUCAACUGCACCGCCUCCUCCUUCUGUUCGUCAGGCAACUGCCUGUACUGCUUCAGGACAAACAAAGGAAAUCAUCUUCGCUGCAGUUCUGCAAAUGAAGUCAAGUCUAUUUACCUUCCUCUGGGGGAGGAAAGCAACAAUUACAGUCUGUCCGUGGUGGCAACAGUCAAAAACGGGUUCACAAAGACAAGCACUUCCAUCACCACGCAGGUGCGUCCGGCCAACUCCAGCUCUACAGUGCAGGAGCUCCAGUCUGCGGUGGUGGACUCUGUCGCCCAGCUGCAGCAGCAGGGGCUGCUCUCUGGAGAGAACCUGGGACAGAUGUUCCAGUCUGUGUCUGACAUGCUGAACGACGGUGGGGACAGUGCAGAGCAAACGGAUGCUAGGAAGAAGCUGCGAGAGAAGAUGCUAACCAGUAUGAAUGAAGUGCUGCAGAACUCCCCAAGUAACUCCACCCAGGAGGUGCAGGUAACUGCAGGAGCCGUGGUGGGGCUCACCAAGAAACCUGAGGAGCUGACCCCGGCUGCUCAGGAAAAGGCCAGUUCCCUGGUGGCAGAUCUCAGCUCCUCCCUUCUAUUCAUGAACGUCAGUCAGGAAAAUGGAGGUGACCAGGUGGUGAAUGCCGCCACUCCCAUAGUGGAGGCGGCCAGCAACAUUUUAAAAGUCUCUUCUAAUCUCAAUAAAAUGUUUUGUCGUUUGCAGAAAAAGAUUUCAAAUUUCCUUCUCGAUGGAAUGGAGAAUGUUCAAAGUGCAUUGUUGAAUGGGAAAGUGACUGACCAGGGGCCAGCCAUUGUGAGCAUGGAAAAGAUCAGUUUGUUUGUCAACAGAGUGUCUCCAGAAACCCUUCAAAUGCAGUCGAUCAUCGUUCCGAAGAACACCUCCUCCAGCUUCUCCUUCCCUCCCCUGCCUGCUGACGUCCUUCCUCUGGAGGAACCGGUGGAUGUGCGGAUGAUGAGUUUUGAAAGGAAUCCAUUUUCUUGGAGUGAAGAGGCUGACAUCAGCGGUGCUUUGGGCUCGGUCUCACUCAGCAGAGCAAAUGGCUCAGUCAUCCCCAUAGAGAAUCUGACUCAUGAGAUAGAGAUAUUAUUGCCCAGGCUGGAUGGAGAACAAGUGAACAGUACAAUCUUAAACCUGAGUAACUACAGCACUCUGAAGAUCAACGUUCCUUCACCUGAUGUGACGCUGGUGCUGAGGAUGGAGCCAUCAGAGGACUUGACCUUUAAACUGUUCCUGGGUGAUAAGAACUACCCCACCACAGCGGAUUAUGUAGCUAAGACUCAUAUGCCUAACAAUGGCACGAUACAAGAGGAGAGGUACAUAUGGGUGCUGGCUCCCAGUGAUAGAGGAGGACAUGUUGGGGAGCACUACCUUGUGGUGCAACCCAUUGUGGAGGCAGGGGUUAAAUCAGUAAAUGCCAGCGUGUCUGUCACCUCCAUUGCUGCCCAGUGCAAGUAUUGGAAUGAGUCUCAAUCAGCUUGGAGUGAGGCCGGCUGCAGGGUUGGCCCUCUCACCACCCCGUUUGUCACUCAGUGCCUAUGUAACCACCUGACCUUCUUUGGAAGCUCUUUCUUCGUCAUGCCCAACGUUGUGGAUGUGUCUCGCACCGCAGAGCUCUUCUCUACCUUCACUGAAAACCCAGUGGUUGUUUGCUUUGUGGGCGCCGUCUUUGUAGCUUAUCUCCUGGUGGUCGUGUGGGCACGCAGGAAAGACAUCAAGGAUACUGCCAAGGUAAAGGUAACAGUACUGGAGGACAACGACCCUUUGGCUGAGUAUGGCUACAUGCUGAACAUCAGCACAGGACAUCGACGUGGUGCCUCCAGCUCAGCUCAGGUAACCGUGACUCUGCUGGGCACAGAGGGGGAGAGUGAGCCCCACCACCUCACUGACCCUGACAAACCUGUGUUUGAGAGGGGUGCAGUAGACACCUUCCUGCUGACCACCCCCUUCUCCCUGGGGGAGCUGCAGAGCAUCAGGGUGUGGCACGACAACUCUGGAGAACACCCGAGCUGGUACGUAAACAAAGUAAUGGUGCAAGAUUUACAAACUGGGCAGAAGUGGCACUUCCUCUGUAACUCCUGGCUUGCCAUCGAUAUGGGAGACUGCCUUCUAGAUAGAUCCUUCCCUGUUGCCACUGAAAUGGAUCUAAAGAGAUUUAGUAACCUGUUCUUCAUGAAGACAGCCAAAGACUUCCGUGAUGGUCACAUCUGGUUCUCUGUGAUCAGCCGUCCUCCAAACAGCACCUUUACAUGUGUGCAGCGAGUAUCAUGCUGUUUUUCUCUGCUGCUCUGCACCAUGUUGACCAAUAUCAUGUUCUAUGGCAUCCCGACUGACCCCUCUGAACAAACAAUGGACCUGGGUCACAUUGAGUUCACCUGGCAACAAGUGAUGAUUGGAGUUCAAAGUUCUAUCAUCAUGUUCCCCAUCAAUCUGCUGAUUGUGAGUAUCUUCAGAAACACCCGCCCCCGAGAGAAGAAGCCUGGUCAACCCAAGACAGAGGCCUCCAAGCAGGGGAAAACUGGCCGUGUGUCUCCAUCACAGCCUCCUUCUCCACAGAUGGAACACAAGGACAUCACACCAGACACUGUCAUCAAGGACAUCAAGAGGAUAGCCCAGUCUCUCUCCAAGGCCAUGAAGAGCCCCAUGCCUCGUCUGGAGUUGGAGCUGGGGUCUGGACGACAGGCUGACAUCAACACUCUGCUCUCUCUGGUGGAGGACAUUAUCAGACAGCAGAACCGUGCAGGUGGAGAGUUUUACACUGAUGUCUGCAAGAGAGAAGGAUCUCUCCUUCUGUCUUUAGGUUCAGUUGAACUACAAGACAGCAGCUUGUGUGGGAGCCCUGAGAAAACUGUAGACAGGAGCCAAAAACGGAGCAGCAACAGUCAGUAUCUGUACAGGCAGCUCCGCCAUGUUGAGAAGGAGUUGAGUCUACUGGGACCUUCUCGCUUCCCUAACCCACACAGCUAUCAGCGGGCUGUGCAGCAGGUCCAGGGCAUGAAGGGAUUACUGGAGUCCCAGCUCUCUUCCUCCAGCCUUGGAGGGGACCAACCGGCAUGCAGCAUCAGCCCAGCAGAGAGCCUCGACGAGGACACCAGCAAGAGGAAGUGCUGUUCAGGAGGGCUGCCGUGGUGGUUUGUGUUUGUGGGCUGGAUAUUGGUGCUCGCCACUAGCGGUGUGUCCGGAUUCUUCACUAUGAUAUAUGGGCUGCAUUAUGGGAAGGAGCGCUCCAUCAGCUGGCUCAUCUCUAUGGUUGUGUCCUUCUUUGAGAGCCUCUUGAUCACACAACCACUUAAGGUGCUGGGAUUUGCUGUCUUCUUUGCUCUUGUGCUUAAGAAAGUUGAUCAGGAAGAAUAUGGUGAUCCUAAGGUCGAUGGAAUUCUCAGAAACCCAGAUGAAGCUGGUGCGAUGCGGGCAGCCAGGAGGGACAGCACAUGCAGCUUCUACCAACCCCCUCCUCCAAGUGACAUUGAGAAAAUAAGGAACAACUUGAUGAAAGAACAGAAGGUCUUUGCUCUCAUCAGGGAGAUUCUAACCUACAUGGGGUUUAUGUGGAUGUUACUCCUGGUGGCUUAUGGCCAGAGGGAUCCCAAUGCUUACUUCUUGACUCGACACAUCCAGCAGAGUUUCACCCAAGGAAUUUCUGACAACAUGAGUCCUGGUGAUGUGUUCACCUGGGCAAACACCUCUCUACUAAACAACCUGUUUGGAGAAUAUCCAGGUUUCAUCACAGAUGGGAACUCCAAGCUGGUGGGUAAUGCUCGCCUUCGCCAGGUGAGGGUACAGAAGAACUCGUGCCGCGUUCCCCGCUCCAUGCGCCAGUCUGUGCCUGACUGUCAUGCUCCCUACUCAUGGGAGGUGGAGGACAUGGGCUCAUAUGGGCCCGGCUGGAACCGCUCUGUGGGGGACAACUCCUCAGUGAGCCUUCGCAGCCCAUGGAAGUACCAGAGCCAGGCCCGACUGAGGUCAUAUCCUGUCUGGGGUAGUUUGGUUCUGUACAGAGGAGGUGGCUUUGUGGAGGAACUGGGCCCAGACUCAUACAAUGCCAGCAGAACCAUUCAGUUCCUGUUUGACAGCACCUGGAUUGACAUGUACACCCGGGCAGUCUUCAUAGAAUUCACUGUGUAUAAUGCCAAUGUCAACCUCUUCUGCAUUGCCACUCUCAUGCUGGAGACCACUGCCGUAGGGGCGUUCCAGUUCCGCAGUGAGCUGCAGAGUGUUCGUCUUUACCAAUCGACUGGUGGUCUUCACAUCUUUGUUAUGGCCUCUGAGGUCGUCUACUUUCUCUUCAUCCUGUAUUAUAUGUUUGUUCAGGGCAAGCUGAUGAAGCAGCACAAGUGGGGUUACUUCAGGAGCAAGUUUAACCUGGUGGAGUUGGCUAUCAUCGUCCUGAGCUGGAGCGCUCUGUCUGUCUUUAUCAAGAGGACUCUUCUGGGAAACAGGGACAUGGCCUACUACCACGACCACAAAGACCAGUUUGCUAGUUUCCAUGCCACAGCGACUGCUGAUGCUGUGCUGGGCUAUGUGAUAGCCUUCCUGGUGCUGCUGGCGACAGUCAAGCUCUGGCAUCUGAUGAGACUCAACUCCAAGCUGCACAUGAUCACAGCCACACUGCAGAGGGCCUGGACUGACAUCUCAGGCUUCCUGGUGGUCAUCACCAUCAUGACUCUUGCCUACUCUAUUGCUUGCAAUCUGAUGUAUGGCUGGAAGCUGUACUCUUACAAGACCCUCAUGGAUUCUGCUCAGACAAUGGUCAGCCUGCAACUGGGAAUCUUCAACUAUGAGGAGGUCCUGGAUUAUAAUCCUGUGUUGGGUGCGUUCCUCAUUGGCUCCUGCAUCGUGUUCAUGACCUUUGUGGUGCUGAACCUUUUCAUCUCCGUCAUCCUGGUGGCUUUCAGUGAAGAGCAGAAACAUCACAAGCCCUCUGAAGAGGAGGAGAUAGUGGACCUGAUGCUGAUGAAGCUCUGCAGUUUGUUUGGGAUCAAGUACAAGAAAGAGGAGAGAAAUGACAACAAAGGACCCUCCACUAUUUCCACAUAGAAACGUAUUCUACUUUUCAGACACAAGCUUGUGUUCCCUGCUGUAGGAGUAGCACCUUAAACAAAUCCCUGUAUGUGACUUGUUGCCCCAGAAGCUAUUUGUGUUGUUCCGUGAUCAAAUACAGUAUUUAAAUUUGAGAUCUUGUUCAUGUCUUGUCUCUUGAGGUUGCAUGUAUACUUGUAACAACAGGAGACAGUAUCCAGUGUUUAGACAAUUCAAAUGGAUUGCUAUAUUACUGUAUUUUUGGUUGAAAUAUAUAUAAAUGUGGUAACAUACAUGCCAAACUAUACUUAUCAGUGGUAAUCUGUGGAAAUAAACUUUAGU